UUUGUCAAUCAAUGGCAUUAAACUUUAAAAAUCAAAAUUUUUUAAGAAAAGUAAACAUGCAUCAGUGAGGAAUUGUGUGUAACGGUUACGUCUCAAGCAAUAAACUGUAAAAAACAUUAAUUAACUGUGUUAAAUGACAGAAAACUAUUAACAAUUGUGUAAAUUAGUGAAUAAGAGUCAAAAAUCUAUCAAACUAGUUAAAAAUCUGUGCCAAAAAAAGUGUCAAAAAGCAAAGAAAACUUGAAAAUACAAAAAUCAACAAACAAAAAAUACCGACAAAAAUACAAUUUUAUUAAUUAAAGUGAAAAAGUGAAAGAUUAGUGACAAUUUAAGUACAAAUUAGAUAAUUUAAGUCUAAGAGUAAACAGAAUAAAUAAAUCUAGAAGUGAUUAAAGUGGAAUUUGUAAAAAGAAAAAGAAUUUAUUAGAUUUUUGAAACAUUCAAGCCAGUCAAGGAUGGGGACUUCAAAAUUCGUGCAUCAAAGAACUUUAUAAAGGUAUAUCCAAAAAAAAAAUAAUAUUAUUAACAUUCAACAAGGAACGGAUAAACAUUCAUCAAUUGCGAAGUUAAGGAUCGAUUUUUAUCGAUGUUUUCUCCCAACGUGAAAGCUACCCUUGAGAAGCAUAGCAUUGGAGUACCACCAAGCUUAUACAUACCAAAACAAUAUAAUGAUGCGUCGACCGUGACAGAUCUUUGUAGUUCAGACGCAGAUGAGGUCGAGAUAUUUUCCCUUAUUGAAGAGCAAAUACCAAAAUAUAAAGUACGAGCGUGCAAGAUAACAAAUUUCUCUGGCACAUCCAAUCAAGACUUUGAGUUUGUCAAAUUCCCCGCAUUGAAUGUCCCAGAGAACAUCGGUCUCGGCUUAACAUCCGAUCAAAUUAGGGAAACUUUAAAUUAUUUCCUCCUGUCUGGAAAAAGGUGCUCCGAAAUGACAACAUGCUAUGAUGAUAUUGAAGCGGUGACAAGAUUACUGCAAGAAAAAGAAAAGGAUCUUGAAUUGACUGUGCAUAUAGGAAAGGAACUUUUAUCACAAAAUACACACUUAGAGAAAAGAAUAAUAGAAUUAGAAUCAGAGCUUAGAGGUGCUAACGAGAGUAUUGCACAACUUAGUCAUGAAUUAGUGCAGAAAACAGAGCUUAUAAACAUCCUGGCGGAGAAUGAGGAGACGCUUAGUGAAAAUGCCUCGCCUUCAUCAUCAAAAUUAGUCAAUAUAGAACUGAUACAGAGAAAAAUCAAUGUUUUGGAGAAGGAAAAUAAACAGCUACACACAGAAGUGCUGCAAGUGCAGGAAGCAGCCGAUGAGAUUGAGGAACAUGAAAAAAGAUUAAUGCAAGAUCUCAGUGAACAAUUAAAUUUAACAAACACACAGUAUGAAGGCAUAAAUCUAGAAUUGGAGAGGUAUAAGGAAGAGAAUCGAUUGCAGAACGAACAGAUAGCCAAUUUAUCGCAAAGAUUAUCCGAUGCGGAAUAUAGAUUGCACGAACUAUUGACUGAAAAUGAGGAAGCAUACAUCACAUUGAGUGUAACAAAGGAGAAUCAAAAUUUACUCGCUUCGGAGCUAUCCGAGUGUAAAAGUCGUUAUCAAGAAACUUUAACACUGCUUCAAGAGACUCAAUUAUUAUUACGCGAGAAACAACGACGCUCACAACCUCAAUCAAAUCGUAGUUCUCUUUAUGUACCAGGGGGUAUUCAAGUUAUUCCACAAUACAAUCCAGAAUCACUCGCAACAGAACUUAUGGAGUCAUCAAUGUUCUCAGAAAAUAGCAGUCUCGAUAGCGGGAUUAAUUCUGAUCAUGGACAUAAUAAACAAGUUCCUCAAUUCCAAAAAGUUUUUGAUACAGUUAAAUGUGCUGGUAAUAAUACAUUUAAUGGAUUUGGUGAUUCACUUGCCUCCGAAUUAAACAUUUUAUCCUCACAACCUCGAAUGUCCUGCUCAGUUUAUUCAACGGAAAGUAUCAACAAGUCAAAUAUGGAGAAAAUUCCAUCAUUUUCAAUGUACAGUUCAAUUUAUGGAAGUCAAAAGAAUGAUGAUGUGACCUCGACAGUUUCUGACGAUUAUAAUAGUCAACGACAGUUUGGAAUGAUGGGUUGUCCCGGCGCACAAGAUUUGGAAACAGCACUCAAAAACCUCAGCUCAGCGGAAAUCACAAAACGACGAACAGAACUCUCAUAUGGCACAUACAAUUAUGAAAAUGAGACUACUCAGACACCUGAAAGUGUUUUUUCAAACCUGUCAGCCUCAACUGGGUCAUCAAUGUCAUAUUAUCGUUAUCCUAAAAAGUUGGAAAUUGUGAAACCUUUAGAGGGCUCUAUAACGUUGAAUCAAUGGAAAGGACUUGCCACACCUACAUUAGAUGGUCUUCUUCAUGACAAUGAGCGUGUAAAAGUACGAGGUGAAAAAGGAUUGGAUGAAUUUGGCCUACAGAUAUACUGUUUAGGCGAUGUCGAGGAAGAUGUAGAAGAACUUCCGUCUUUGAAGCAUUUCGACUCGUCUUCAUGCAUUUAUACAUACACAGACAGCAAAGUUUUACAUCCAGAUGAUGGUGUUUCCAUAACAUUUAGUAUGCCACCAUCACGAAUGUCAACCGCACCGCCAACACCUCGAAUUGGAUUAUCAAGAAGAAAUUCGUGUAGCACAUUUUCGGUUAGUAAUGGAUUAGCGUCAAUGUUAAAUGAGCGAGGAAUAUCAGCAGUAACGCCAAGCUGUCUAAACACACCAUCUGGACCAAAUUUCUCACCAACCCUUACACCAUGUAAUUCCCCUGAAUGUCAAUCACCAACAUUAGAAAGUCAAGAGGCUCAUACCGUUUCACUUACAUCAUUUUUGUCAUCAAGUGCUGGCUUAUUAAAGAAGAAAAUCACUAGACAAAAUAAUACUAAUAAGAAUAGCAAUAAUAAUCGGGAAACUGAUAAGGCAGCAAUAAUUUUGGAGCAAAAAGUGAAACAAAGAACAAUUAAUUUAUUAGCGGAAGUGGAAACGCUAGGAAUUGAAAAUGUAUUACCCGCCACCUCAUUAUCAUCGACAUCACGCAUCAUUAAUAAGCCAUUGGCCCUACAUAGCUCAAAUAUUUAUACAACACGUAACAGUCCAAUGACACAAUUAACUAGCCUUAAACAUUUAUCGGAUAACAGGAGGAAAAGUAGUGAGAAUUCAAUGGAAAGUGAUAAGAAUGUUAGUGCCAGUAGUUCAACAAAUAAUAAUAAUAAUUCGAGUAAAGGAAGUCCUGAGGCGCGUAUAAAGCAGAAACUUUUGAGGCACAAAACCCGCCGUAAUUUAAAUGCUGUGCAAAGGCCUGAUUUAGGAACCGUGAAUGGAACUAAAGCAGCUGAUAAACCUAAAGAUACUCAAUCCAAGCCAGGAUUAGUUGGUGGAUUUGUGGGAAGUAUAAGUUCAAUAUUCUUCGGACGAAAAGGAGGCUUCCUGUAAAAUAACUGAGGAAAGUACUUAUGUUGGAUACGCUUUCAUUAAGUUUUAGUCGUUAAUUUUAUAUAUAUAUCUACUUUUAAUUGAUAGGUAACUGAAGAAAUUUUUUGUAGACUAUGGGGAUCAUUCAUUAAUGCCGUUCCUGAAAAUUGUGUUCAAAUUUUUUUUAAUGGAUUCUUAAAAUUCAAAAAAUUAACGGUUGUCAAAAAUUUUAAUUUUGUAUGAAUUUCAAUUUUUGGAAGUCCGUUAAAAUUACAAUCAUUUUUAGUCAACGACAUUGAUAAUGACCCCAGCAAUAGCAAUAUGUUCAUUUCAAAAACAUACACAAACACAAGAAAAGUUUUUAAUUUAUUUUUUUAAACAUAUUAAGUAUCUGCCAAUUUAUAAGUAGCAUGUAGUUAAUUAAACAAUAAUUUUUAUAGUGGAUAACGAGUAAGAGCUGCUCGUGAUCUUGCUUUAAAAAUUAUUCAGUGGCUGUUUUUACUGUUUCUAUAUUUAGUUGCAUUGAUAGAUAAGUUAAAUUAUUAAAAUCAAAAUUCAAAUUCGGUGUCUUAUCCUUUCAACCAAAAAAGAAAAUUAUUAAGAAUGUGAAAUGUAUAAAAAUUUUAGAUGAUUAUUGAAACAUGGCCUUAUUGACUUAAUAAACACGUUAGUGAUGUAAAAAAGAUUAUUUUGUAGACAAAAGAAAGAGAUUUCGACACAGUUUUAUCAUUUGUGCUUAUCCAGCGAUGCCAUAAACGAUGAAUUUUAUGGUUUUUCAUAAUUACAGUGUAAAAUAAUAGUUAUAGUCUUCUUAUUCUUCUUUUAUUGACCAUAAAAAAAAUAUUAAUUAAAGCAAAAAACAGAGUUUAUGAUUCAGAUUUU